CAUUAUUCCAAGUUUUGCAAAUAUAUUUCGCUAAGGAUAACAAGAAAAAAACACAGUAACAUGACAGGUGUAGUUUUCUUCGUCGCUGGCAUCCUGUCAAUCACUGUGUCAAUCACAGCCAUAACUACCAAUAGUCUUCUCCUCAUUGUCAUCAUCAAGAAUCCACUUCACUGCCUUCGCAAGCCGUCGAGUGGCCUGCUUGUCGCCCUGGCUGUGGCUGAUUUCUUGCAAGGUGUGAUUGCUUGUAGAAACCUCGCACAUGACGCUUUAGAAGCCUACAUAACGGGAACUUACCAGAUUCCGGGUCUUCGGUCUUACCAGUUCCUACUAGGCGUCUUCACAUUUACGUUUGAGAUUAUGGUUGUCAUAGCAUUAACAAUGGAAAGACUUGUCGCAAUUUAUUUCCCAAUAUUCCACAGAAUCCGCAUUAACUUCAAGACAUCAAUCAUCAUUACGAUUGCACUAAUUGUCUACUCUGUUUUAUUUACUUUUAUUCAAUUCACGAGCAUUACACCAAUGGCCUACGACAUGGCGGAUAUACUAUUACACCACUUGUUGCCAUUGGUUACCGUACCGCUGGUCUACGCUAUUAUCCAACGAAGGCUCACAAAACAAAAUAUUGCCUUCAAAACAAAUGAAAAAUCCGAGUUUCGAAGACAACAUGCAGAAAGGCGACUCGCAAGCACGGUCCGUAUCAUUGCGCUCUUGAUGUUAUCCACCCUGACCCCUUACUUCGUUAUCAUAGUUUUGAUGUCUUAUUGUGGCUCAUGUGAUUAUUCACUCUUAAUCAAAAGCUAUCUUGUCUCCCUAGUAAUGUUUCAAUCCAACUCCCUUAUACACCCCUUUGUUUACGGCUGGAGGUUACGGCAGUACCGCAACUCUUUCAGGGCAGUUUUUGCAACUCGUUGGUUGCGGGGUUCUGGAAGAAUAGAUGUAAGAAUGAAUAGCAUCUCAGCCAUGAAGAUAGAUAGUUUAACCAAUCAGUGCCCAGAUCGCUUAACCAAUCAGGGCCCAGAUAGGUGGACCAAUCAGAUCCCUAACAGCUUAACCAAUCAGAGUUUGAAUAGCUUAACCAAUCAGGGCCCAGAUGGCUUAACCAAUCAGAGCCCAGAGCCAGAAUAGCUCAACUAAAGAGAAUCAAGAUGCGGAGCGACGAAUCAGAACAAGGAUAGCCCAACCAACCAGAACCCGGACAGUUCAACCAAUCAGAACAGAGAUAAAAGGACCACGACUAAGUAGACUGCAGACAAGCUGUAGCCAAACAAAUUGGUGGUCUGCGUAGGUGUGAUGGAAUCAGGCUUAUAAAUGAACUCGAGGUUUUUAGUGAUAUGUUUACAUUUCUCUAAAAACAGAGUAGUUUUGCUAACAUUUCAAGCACUAGCCCACGUCGUUAUUCGUAUUCUUCGAUCAUUUAUCUUUUGCUUCUAAGGAUUAAUGCUUUUACUUCUAGGGCUAAUGCUAGCCUAACAUCGCAGAGCAGUCACUAGGCUUACCUUAAUUAAUAUAUGCGGACAUAAAAAGGUAAACAUAUCAUCCCUGAAGUUACUUGGUUUUGUUUCAUAUUUCUCCUUCCACUACGUCACUUGAAGACGCCAAAUAGCUUUUCAUAUGAUACUGUGAAACGGAUAAACAAAAUGGUCUAUAUUAUUCUUCAAGUUUUUUUUAUUUCUCCGUAACGUAGAGAAAAGUCACAGUUAGGAACGCAGACGAUAUCGUUGGGAAAAAAGAUAAAAAGCAAUAGGAAUAAUUUCUAGUCUGCCCGUUUUAAUAUAAAAAGAUCUGCUCCCUUUAGGCAUGCGUAAUGGCGGCAGAACCAUUGCCUCCCCUCUCCUCCUCCCCUCUGAAACAGUGGUGCGGCUAAAAAGAAGACUGCCUAUUCGGCCCGUUACUCGAUACUCCCUUGAAGUUUUUACUUCUCCUGUCUUUGAUAUUGCAUCGAUGGCCACACUUUAUUCAUAUGUUUUUCAAAAGUAUAAUAUAUAGCAAGUCCAUAAAGUGGUGCGUGGGAAAAUGUUUUGAAAAUAAAGAGAGGAUAGCAUAGGAUUGUUUUUCAGCAGUUCAAUUGCUAAUGUAAGGAGAGAGUACCAUACCACCACAGUGGUAUGAGAGGGUACCAUACCACUUGAACAACAAGUUUGAGUGCCAUGUCGAAGAAAGAACAAAACAAAAAAAUUAAUACUCGUUUUUUAAUGUUCAGGUUAUACGUCUAUUAUACGCAUUUAAGCGUCUUUCCUACACAAAGGGUUCGGUAAAUUCUUCGACAUACGGUUCGAUGUUGUUCGAAGCAGUACCACCUUUGUACGGUUCUCCAAACACAGGCCUCAUAGCACCUCCUUUUCUCAGGAUCACUCUCGUCUACAAAAAAAUCAUCAAAAAACAUAACAUAUUUUUGGAAAAUUCUCGCAUAUAACUUAUAAGUGCUUUUUGGUAAUGUCCUAAGAUAUGGAUUAAAUAUAGAAGGUAGAACUUGGCUACGGCCAGAAAAAUCUGCUGAAAGAAUGUCAGGAUUUGGGUACAUGCUUACAUACAAUCGAUCCAUUUCCGUCGUCCAUGAAAGCAAUAAUUUUACAAGUUAA